CACCCAUUCUUAACUGUGAGUGAGAGUGAGUCACUUGAUAAUGUCUCUUAUUCUUUAUUACAACAAAAAAAAAACCUUUUCACACAUACAAUAGUCCAAUCAUGCUGUGACAGAUAACACAGAAGCAGACGAUGAGUUCAUCAGUCAGUGUUGGCUCCACCCUGUGGCUCUUUGUCCUCCGGGGAAGGGGAGGGCAGUGAUUGUGCAUGGGGGUGUUUGUGUGCCUGUCUGCCUACUUGCCUGCUGGUCUGUCUGGUUGCAUGUGAGUGCUGAAGUGGGCGGAUAACAUUUAGACUGAAACUAUGUGGCUUGACUGACGUUCACAUCAUCUAGGUGCGGCUUUGUAGGCUCUUCAGUAAUCCAGGAACUGCCUGCUGUAAAAGUGCCUGAGCCAGUCACAUUCAGGGAGCAUAAGAGUGUGGAAGUGAAGCCGGGCAGACAGAGGACGACUGGAGACAUGGCAGCUACAGCAGCUGAAGAAGCAGCUCCCAUCUUCAAGCAGCAGAAGCUGUGCAGCGUCUGUUCAGGUGUCCUGAGUGAAAACCAGCCGGCAGCCUGUGGUCACUCUGUUUGCGUCUCCUGCCUCGGGGACACAAGUCAAGGAUGUCCCAAGUGCCUGCAGAGCCCUGACAAGCCUGAACCUGUCAAACAGAAUGGAACAGAGGCUGAAGCUCCUGCGAUUAAGAGCAAAGAGGAGCAAAAUCAAGAUUCAAAGGCAACAGAGGAGAUCAAAAUACAACAAGAUCUGAAGGAGUCUGAGGACCCCAAGAAGCCUGAAGAGGACAAGAAACAGGCAGAGCCGCAGACAAAUGGAGCAAAAGAGGAGGAAAAAGAAGAGGAGGUGAAGGUGGAACCUUUGGGCCCCGACGACGUGGUGUGUGAUUCGUGUAUCGAGAGCCCCUGCAGAGCCCUCAAGUCCUGCCUCACCUGCCUGGUGUCCUACUGCGAGGCCCACCUCCGGCCUCACCUGGAGAACCCAAAGUUUCAGAACCACCGGCUGGUGGAGCCGCUCAGGGACAUCGAGAGGCGGACAUGCGAGAGCCACAAGUGGCCCCUGGAACUUUUCUGCUGCGCUGACGACUGCUGCAUCUGUCAAGACUGUGUGACGGAGGAUCACAAGGGCCACAACACCGUGCCUGUGGUGGAGGCUCGCAGACGGAUAGAGAGGGAACUAAGAGACAAGCAGACCGAGAUGGUGAAGACGGUGACCGCGGCGGAGAACGCCAUCAACAAACUGCAACUCAACACAGUCUCUAUCGAGCAUUCGGUGACAGAGGUACGAGCGGUGAUUGAAAGACAGUUCGAAGAGCUGCAGGCAGUGGUGAAGAGGGCAAAGCAGGAGCUGACGGAGAUCCUGGAGGGCGAGGAGAAUCAGGCCCUGAGGCAGGCCGAUGGCAUCCGGGUUCACCUGGAGCAGAGGUGCACGGAGCUGAAGAAGACGCAGGCGCAGGUGGAGAAGCUCUCCAAAAACAAAAAUGAUGUGGACUUCCUGCAGGAGUAUUCAGAGUGGAAGAAAGAAGCCACUGAUAACUCUCUGCCUGGGAUCUACAUCGGCCUGAUGGACCGUCUGAAUUCCUUCAGCCGUGUGAUCGUCGACUCCACGCAGGAGCUGUGCGCCAUGCUUGUGUCUUCAUACAUAGAGAAAGUUAAAGAGACAUGCAAGAAUGAUAAAAUGGGAAUAAAGACAACAGUUCAUGCGAUUGUUGCAGCAAAACAGAACAUAUCAUUACCAGAUCCAGAGAUUCGUGCAGACUUCCUCAAGUAUGCCGCCCAGGUGACUUUCGACGCUGAAACAGCUCACAAGUUUCUGCGUCUGACAGAAGAAAACAGGAAGGUGACUAAUACCACACCCUGGCAACAUCCUUAUCCUGAUGUACCUGAGCGGUUUGAGAACUGCCGCCAAGUGCUUGCAACAGAGAGCUUCUAUCUGGGACGCCACUACUUUGAGGUGGAUAUCAGCGGCGAGGGCACUCACAUCGGCCUGACCUACAAGAGCAUCGACCGCAAGGGCAGCGAAGGCAACAGCUGCAUCACAGGAAACAACUUCUCCUGGUGUAUCCAGUGGAACGGACGCACCUUCUCCGCCUGGCACAGCGACGUGGAAACACCUCUCAGCGUGGAGAAGUUCACCCGUAUCGGGGUGUACGUGGACUACACGCAAGGCCUCCUCAGUUUUUAUGGCGUGGACGAAACCAUGACGCUCAUACACGAGUACAAGGCAGAGUUCCUGGAGCCUCUUUACCCGGCUUUCUGGUUGUCCAAGAAGGAGAAUAUCGUCGCCUUGGUGGCACCUGGGGAGCCGUUACCACUCAAAAGCCCCUCUCCUCCCACGUCACCUGCAAACGGAGUUGUUUCAAAAACAGCAGCGUAGCGAUGAUUACAAGACAGUUUUCCUGCAUCAUUUAAGUUUUCCUCGCCGUAAUCAUUCCUCCUGUUCAUACUGGCUGUUAAAAGAUCCUUCAAAUGUGCUUUUUAAUGUAUGUGAUGGAGGCCA